CAAGAAAGAAGUGAGACAGAGAAGCACGAUGGAUGAAUUCAGAUGGAUUCAAAUAUUUUUAUGUCUGAUGCUGAUGAUUCAGAUUGCAGUAGUAUCAGAAAAUGACACAUCCAUUUUUAUAAAAGUUGGAGAUGACAUCACUCUGCCUUGUCUAAAUGUGAUAGAUAAGCAGAAUGACUGUAAUGGUACCACUUGGGUCUUUGGUUCAAGAAACAAAACAGCAGCAGAGCUGAUCACACUUGGAGAGAUUGGUGAAAAAGCCGAAACUAAAUCAGACAGACUGAGUGUUACAGUGAACUGUUCUCUGGUUAUAAAGAACGUCACAGUUGAGGAUGUUGGUUUUUAUUACUGUAUACAAUACAAAUCAGAAGAAGCACAUGUUCAGGAUGCUCGGGAACGUGAGGCACUGGUUGUUCUCUCUGUCAUUACUGUAACUGAACAUGAGGACACAGAUCAGGUCGUUUUAACCUGCUCUGUGUCGACAUCUGAUGAGUGUCAUCACACAGUGAAGUGGCGCAUUAAGGGUCAAUAUGUGGACAAAGGUAACAAACAAACAGUGACUGCACAAACUGACUGCUCCACCACUCUGUCCUUUCUGGAGUCUGGCAAUAUUUACCCAUCAAGAUAUAACAUAGUGUGUGAAGUAAUGGAUACUGAUACAGGAAAAGUGCAGCAGUACACCUUCAAGCAUCAGCUCUUGGCAGUUGAGGAAACAGAUUUUUCUGUAUCUUCAAGGUUCAUUAUUGUCUCUGUGGGCUUAGCAGCACUUUCAAUAGCUGCUGUGACAGUCAACACAUGGACAAGAACUAAAGGGAACAAAACACAGAUGGAUAAAGUUGCCGUGCAUUUUAAUAAAGAAGAGGAUUAUGAUUCAAUAAAAUAAUAAGCAUCCGAAUCUCUGCUGUUUCUAUCAGAUUGUGCUGAUCAACAUCAACUCAACAGAAAAACUACUGUUAUAUUAUCAGUAUCAUCUCAGCUUUAUAGGUCACACCCUUAACCCUAUAAUGCCAUUUGUAUCAUAUUUGCUACAUGAGUUUCUGAGACUGCUAUCUCAUCAACACGAUCAAUACGUGCCAUAAUUUCAAAAUGUAAUAAACAAACCUCUGUUUUUUGUCUAAAAUUAACAUCGUUGUUAAGAAAAAGUUGCCAAAAAUGUAUCAAAUGUGACGCAAAAAAUAUAUAAUAAAUAUGUCAUAAAACUAUAUCAUAAAAAACAUGAUAUAGCAAAAAAAAUGUGGAUUUUGUUAUAAGGGUUAAUAAACAUCUCAGUUCCAAAAACUCAG